AUGGAUAAAGCUUCCUCAUCACCGGCUCCUUCCACCAGUGAAAUUACCGGCGGCCACACAAUCGACAUAAGCCAAUAUUUAAAUAAAGGCACCGUAAUUAGCUCCAUCGAUGAAGUCGUUGAACGCUACAUGACCGCGGCCGCCGGCAACCUCCUCUUCCCCUUUUUGGCCUGCCUCACCUUGAUAUUUGACUCCCAACAGGCCUUCAUCAAUGUCUUCUCUGAUAAACCACCGCCGUGGCACUGUACCUCCUCUACUUGCGAUUUCAGCAGACCUUGUAACCUCCCAUCCAACUCCUCCUGGUCCUACUCCCAACCCCGCAAAAUCUCCACCAUUUCUGACUUCUCCCUCGAGUGCUCGUCGCCGAUUCGUUUCGCCCUUCCUGGCUCUUCCUUCUACGUUGGAUGUCUUGCCGGCGGCCUCUCCCUUGGCACCCUCGCCGACUCCCGCCUCGGCCGCAAAAAAACCCUCGUUCUAUCCACUUUAAUCAUGUCUAUAGCUGCCGCCCUUACUACAUUCUCUCCCAACCUAGCCGUGCCAACGUCGGAACCUCUGCUUACGUCCUUUCCACCGAACUCGUCUCCCGGCGCCAGCGCAAGCACGUCAACAUUAUCACCUUUAUUUUUUCCACUACAGCCAGGAGGUUUAUACUCUGUGGCAAGGAUAUUAUGGGAGAAGCCAUGGGCAUUGCAGCGAUUAGUAGUGAUUUUGAUUGGGAGCUUUGGCAUCGGAUUAAUGUACCACGGAAUGCUGCUCAAUCUCUGGAACCUCAACGCCAACCUCUAUAUAAGUGCGGCGCUGAAUGCGGUGGCUGAGCUUCCGUCGGCGCUUAUUAUCUUCUUCAGCUCUAAUGUGAUUAGCCGCCGCAGAACUUUGGUGCAGUUAACGAUUGUGAGCGGUGGAUGUAGCCUUGCCUGUGCGGCCAUGGGCGGGUGGUCGGCGGUGGUAUUCGAGUUGGUGGCAUUCUUUGGGGCUUGUACAGCGUUAUACAUUGAGAGAAUUUAUGCUGUGGAACUGUUUCCAACAUAUGUAAGGAACUCGGCCAUGGCGUUGCAGAGGCAAGCAGUGGUGCUCGGCGGGGUGGCAGCGCCAGCGAUGGUGGCGCUGGGGAGGAGAGGAAAAGUUCUUUCUUUUGGGAUGUUUGGGAUAGUUAUCAUUUUUUGUGGGUUAUUUAUUAUGUUCUUGCCAGAAACAAGGGGGCGCGCAAUCAGCGAUACAAUGGAGGAGGAGGAGAGCAAGAUGAUGGAGGGUAAAAUUAUCAAUAACUAA